AUAUCGGUUAUUUUCUUCUGAAAUGACGAAGAAAACGAUCAUAAUUGCGAAUGUCAUACUGGGACUGAUUGUUCUGGUGGUGAUAUAUAAAAUUGCAUCGGCACCUCUUCCAUAUUGUGAUGAGCAUAUUCAAACAAACUGUAGAGCGUGUCCACAGGGAGCAAACUGCAGCGGACUAAUGUGUGUAUGUCCCGAUGGAUAUGUUUCGAACGGUGUAAAGUGCAUCAAAUCUUUCUCACAGGAAGAGAGAAAAGAAGAGAUUUUCGCCGAGUUGAGCAGAAUUCUACGAAAACAAAUGGGUGCAUUCUUGUGUUCCCAAAACUCAACCAAGCAAGUUCCAUAUCCCUUUGUUUCUGGAAAAGAGCUCAAAGAGCGUUUUCUUAAAUCGAUUUCCUCGGGUUCUGCCAGUGAUAAGCUCAUUUUCUUAGAAACCCUCAAGUCUUUUCGUUGUUUUACAUUCAUUAAUGAAAACGACUCCGUGGUGGAUGUAGAUGCGAUCCAGCUGCUGGAAGGAAGAUGUGCUAAUGAUUUCACGAGCAUUGAGAAAAACUACUAUGUGACCACAGACGAUCCUAUUUUAUCUACAAACUGCAAAGUGGAGAAGUUCCUCCGAGAGCAUCACGACACCAUCGCUUACUACGGAGUUUACUUCUUCCAGAGUGUAGCGAUUGUGCUCUUCAUCCAGCUCUGCUUCACUUGCUACAGCGAAGUCUUUCUCUCUUUUUCCAUCUCAUUUGCAGUUCAACGACAUGAAGAUCGAAGUCGCCAACGUCCUGAUCGAGCAGAAAGUCAACGAGAACAGCUCCAUUCCGGUGAACAAGCUUCGAGCUUACAUCGUUUCCACUGGAAAUCACCGAUUCCUGGCUCGCUUGCUUUGGUUGCUUGUAGAAAUCGAUGA